AUGGCGAAGACGAAGGCUUCCCGUAGUGCUGCGGCUGGCAAAAGCAAGGCAAAAGGUAGGAAAAGACAGAAAGCAAGUCAUGCUAGUGCAGAUGGAGCAAAGGUUUCGGAUGGAUUUCCGGAACAAAAGAAAGACGACGAGCAGCACCAUGCAGAGGGAAAUGCUCCCAGUUCCGGUGAUGACGGCACGGCUGGGGAAGCUGUAGCAAAAAAGAAGAAGGUCAACUCGAAAAGACCACGUGCAUCAAAAUCAGCCGGAAAGAAAGCUCCAAAGGCGAAAGCAAAGGCCCGAUCCGGUAGAAAGAAAAAGGCUGACGCUGAUGAGAACCCUUUUCUACAACCUCCUCCACCUGGACAGCAGUGCAUUUCCCUUUCGACCAGUGGCCUCGAAGUGACCGAGCCAAAGCCGUCAGUUGAAGGUGAAGAUGAUCCAACAGAUGCGGAUCGUGACCGAGAUCAAGAAGACCCAACACGAUCGAAAAAAAGUCCCGUGUCGUCGUCCUCAUCCAGUUCCACGUCCAGUGAAUCACAGAAGUCCCCAGAAAAGUCUUGCUUGCAGUUUGAGAAGGUUGGUUUGUCGGAUGAUGAGGUGACAGAGUGGGUUGACAAGAACGGAGACGUUUACGUUCGCCAUGGUGACUUUGACAGUGAAGCUACCCUGGUCACUUCCGAGAUUGACCAUGAGGCGGUGACAGAUCUUCGUUCCAUGUUCUCAUUUGCAGAGAGGAGUGUGAAGCGGAUCUACAGCCACUUUGGCCGGGAUAAAUUUGAGAACCUUGUGGCGAAUACGGAUGACUUGGUUCUUUUGAGCUUGUACGCUGGCUUGGGUGGAGCUGAGCUUUCUUUGGGGAUGCUUCACAAGUCGGUGACGAAGGAGCUGAAGCAUCUUCACGACAAGGAUGAUUUCUUAUGGAUGGAGAGCCCCAAGAAACCUUUCUUCUUUGCAUCCUGCGACGUGGAUGGCGCAUGUCAGAAGGUCCUUGAUCAACACAAGGACCCGUCGGUAUACAUUGUUGCUGACAUCCUGGAUUUCAUCAAGCCAGAGACCCUUGCACAUAUGGAGAACCUGGUAGCUACUGCAAAGAAGGAGUUGGCAGCAUUGAAGGGACAGGAAAAAGCGCAGGCAAAAGCGCACGCCAAAACUAUGGCCAAGGCCAAAGGACAGAAAGUGCGUGGGCGUGGGCGCGGGCAAAAGUCCAGAGCAAAGCCACGCAAGUCAGAUGUUGAUGCAGUGCCAUCGGAUGGUAGUGAGUCAUGCGAAGAUGGUGGGGGCGAUGAUGGUGGUCCCAGUGCCAUGAACCCCCUCAAGGACAUUGGUGAAAAGUUGCUGACAGAGCUACUUGCUUGUCUUGAAGAUGAGUGUGCUUUCCGCAAGUUUGUCCCCGUCAAAGGUGGAAAGACAAUGCAGAUGCAGAAUUUGCGCGCGGUCGUCAAGCGCUUGAUCAUGAUGCAGGGUAGUGUUUGCAAGGACUGGAGCUCGAUGAAUCAAUCUCGCCAAGAACUUCUUGGAACGUACAUACUACCCUUCGCAUGCAGUUUGGGUCUUGCACGAUUUCUCAGUCCCAUGGCAUUUCUUCACGAAUGCACACGCUUGUUCAGACCAGCCAUCCUCCAGAAAGUGUUUCCGGAGUUUUCGCUGCACCAUUCGUUGCUGGAUCCUCAAGAUUUUGGCUUUCCAGUCAGGAGAUCAAGAGCAUACACAGCACUGGUUAGGCCAGACUACGUCAUGACCAUUCCAAGUGAUCAGAUCAAGAGGCUAUUCAGUCCUUGUCGUCUCAACUGCGGCAUUUUCUUUCAGGCCACUGAUGAGGAGGUUGGGGAUAUGAAGCGGUCCAUGGCGGCUGUUCGGUUGAAACCGCAGAGCUCCAGCUUCCGUGAGCUGCUGCCACCACAAAGUCAGGUCAAUUUGCUUCAGAUAGAGAGAAUGCCUUGGGUCCAAGCAGCUUUGGGCAAGACACAAGAAGUUGGUUGCAAUUUAGACCAGGACCCGUCGUUUGCAGAGCACUGUGGAACGAUUCUACCAGUCGUUCUUGCAUCCGUGUCCAAUAUGUAUGGUUGCUUGCGAGAGCGUGUGAUGCAUCCCAAUGAGCUGUUGCUGGCGCAGGGCAUCCCGGUGUACCCUGAUGUCGCAGCAGCAGCCGGUUUUGAAGAUGGGGUGCCUGUCAACUUCAAGGGUGUGAGCGAUGCUCAGAAGCGUCGCAUGGCUGGGAACUCGUUCCAGCAAGCAUGCUCGAAUGGAUUGAUGACAUUCGUGUUGGCAUCGAUGCACAAGAAGUGA